GAGACACGGCAACACGGUCCCCUUUUACCGAUAUUUGUUUGACAUGAUGAAAGCAGCAAUAUGGCGGCCGGCAGUGUAGCUGGUGCACGAGAGAUGUGCGUGAAAACGCAGUGAUUUUUCCGCGUCCGCAGCGUCUCCGGGUGCGACCACCGCACCAACCCCGAACGUCCGAAGUACCCCACGCGAAACGCGACCGACAGUUACGCGACACAAUCCGCUGCGAGGCCCCGUUUUUGCCCACCUGAGGAAUGUUGGAUUUUUUCGUCGCGACCGAGAGUGCAUGAAAACUGACUUAGUUGAGCCGAUUUUUGGAUAAUUCGGCUGUUGUGUUGUGCUGUUUUGAUUUUGUACGUGUGAUGCGGCAGUUUUGAUUCAUUGGUGGCGAUCGAAUCGGUUGUAAGCGUUCCGUACGCAGGUGAACAGACAGGCCAUCGAACCACUGGACAGAUAUGGCCUUCAAUGAGAAGGUUGAUCCGGAGCUGAUAUUCACGAAACAGGAACGGAUCGGCAAAGGGUCGUUCGGCGAGGUGUUCAAGGGCAUCGACAAACGUUCGACGCAGGUCGUUGCCAUCAAAAUCAUCGACUUGGAGGAGGCCGAGGAUGAGAUCGAGGACAUCCAGCAGGAGAUCAUGGUGCUGUCCCAGUGCGACAGCCCCUUCGUCACCAAAUACUUCGGAUCCUAUCUCAAGGGUUCGAAACUAUGGAUCAUCAUGGAGUACCUGGGCGGCGGCUCCGCCCUGGACCUGAUGAAGGCCGGCAACUUCGAGGAGAUGCACAUUGCCAUCAUACUGCGCGAGGUGCUCAAAGGUCUCGACUACCUGCACAGCGAGCGUAAGCUGCAUCGCGACAUCAAGGCGGCAAACGUGCUGCUGAGCGAGAUGGGCGACGUCAAACUGGCCGAUUUCGGUGUCGCUGGCCAGCUAACGAACACCACCAGCAAACGGAACACGUUCGUCGGCACGCCCUUCUGGAUGGCCCCAGAAGUCAUCAAGCAGUCGCUGUACGAUUCCAAGGCGGACAUCUGGAGUCUGGGCAUCACGGCCAUCGAACUGGCCAAGGGCGAGCCGCCCAAUUCCGAGCUGCAUCCGAUGAGGGUCUUGUUCCUGAUACCCAAGAAUAAUCCGCCGCAGCUGACCGGCAGUUAUAGUAAACAGUUCAAGGACUUUGUUGAGGCUUGCCUCAAUAAGGACCCAGAAAAUAGACCUACGGCUAAAGAAUUGCUCAAAUAUCCGUUUAUUAGGAAGGCGAAGAAAAAUUCAUAUCUGGUAGAUUUAAUAGACAGAUACAGAAAGUGGAAGGGAAGUAGGAACGAUGAAAGUGAAACCGAGUCCGAAAACUCCGAUUCCGAGGAACCCAAACAGGACAGCGACCUAGACGACCCGUGGAUAAUGACGGUGAAAGGCAACCAUCCGAUGAAAAUGCCAGACGACAUCGUCAGUCCAAACCACAAGAUAGCAUCGAACAACAAGGUGCAGAACGGCUCCUCGGCGACGACGAUCGCCGCCAAGUCGCCCCCGAAAGACGCCAACCUCAACCACUACAGGCCCGACAAACAGACGGCCCAGCCGGCGGUCAAGUCGACGUCCGCGACGACCAUGACGACGGUCGUGCAGUCGCCGACGUCCGACAACAAAAAGGAGAUGCGCGAGCAACGAGAGAAGAGGAUUUCCAGAGAGCUGAGUCCGCUGGACCAUCGGGGAGAGCCCGAACAGGAGAAGAAGUCGAACAGACGGUCGGUGUCGUCGCGAGAGUACAGGGAACACUCGACCAGCACGACCAAGAUCGAAUCGUCGCGGCCCCCUUGUCUCAGCGGUUUCAUCUACCCCCUGAUCUCCGAGUUGCAGAGAAAGCACCAGUAUAACGGCAGGGCGGCGGACACGUCGCACAAGUCGGACGCCAUCGACGACCUGCGGAACGCGUUCGAAAUAGCGGAGCGCCAAAGCCCCGGCAUAAGUGAAACGUUCAUCUGCGAGCUGGUGCAGAAGCUGGUGCCGUCGAUCACGGACCAACGGUUAAGGGGAGUCCUUGACAAAGUCACGAGGGAGUCAUAGAACAGGAUGCGAAGAGAAUAAGAAAGGCAGCCGCCCAACAUGGGCGGCCAAACCGGAGAACCUUAAUAUCAACUUAACUAUUAAAAAAAAUCACAUAGUAUAAAAGAAAAUUUUUCCUACCUUUUAAAGAUAACUUACGGAUACAUACAUGACAAUAUCUUAUAUCUCUUGAGCUUAAUACAUAGCACUGGUAGCGUAAGAGGAGAGUUUUGCAAUGCCAUAACGUUUGUUGUUGAGAUGUUCUUUCUGUAGGUUAAAACAAUUAUUAAUAAUAAAUGGGGACGUUCGUUUUAGGUCCCGUAGGCACGUAUUUAAAAAGAAUUUAUCACGUAAGUGCCAACUCCAUCCAGUUCUUGAUGAAAAGCAUGCUGUUCCACUUUAAAUUAAACCUUUUGAAAAUUACAAAAAAAUAAUAUUAAUUAAUCAUUGCCAAUUGCCCCCAUUGGGAUUAUGUAUAUAUGUAAAUCUAGAUCGAAGUAUAUAUCAUUAAGAUAAUAUUUUUUCUUGCAAUGUAUUUUUUUAGAUGUGUACAUAAUAUACAUAUAUAUUAUAAAUAUAUAGUUAUCUAUCUUAAUUUUUAAUUAUAUUUGAUGUACUGUGUCAUCCAGGUUCAUUAUUUAUUUAAUUUAUUUGUACUUAAACUGAAACUGUUGUUGUAGUUUAUUAAUUAAUUGUGUUAGAUUUUGUAAAUAAGUUAUGUAAAAAACACUUGAAGACAAUAAUAUAUUUAUCAAGUUGAAUCAAAUUGGUUUUCUUAAUCAUUUUAGCCGAUUUUGUGAUGUGUGGGUAGUGAGUACAAAAAAAUGAUCGAAUUGUUUUGUAGCAAGUCGGUUUAAGUACAAAUAAAGAUCGUUUUUAACAAGACUUGUAGCUUAGUAAGAUUUAACCUGGCGAUGUGAAUGCGUGAAACAAGAUUUAGAAGUGCCCUUCAAAUUUGCAUCACAAAUUCGAACGAACGUCAAAAAAUAAAAAUGAAUACGACCCGAAGACGAAGUUUAUUGUGGUUUUCGGGCGCAUGAAUGGAUAUAUGAAUGUUUAUUUAGUUAUUUGUUAGGUUUUAGGCUAAUUUGUUAAUAUUGUGUUGUAUAAUGGGUUCAGUUAAGUAAAACUACAAAUAUAUAUUCUAUAAAGAUAAAUGUGGAUGAUGGAUUUCCGUCCUCCAGUUUUUUGGGAGGGUGAUUUCUAAGGUGACAUGUUGGUAGGAUGGUCCCACUUUCAGUAUUACUGUGCGAACUUGUUUUUUAUUAUAUUUUUUUGGUAGUUGCAAUCGAGUGUUUGCUCAGGCUUCCGAAAUACUUACUCACAAUCAGUGCUUUAUGUCUACGGUCUGUGUACAUAUGAUUAUGUUGAUUAUUCGAUUCGGAAUACUGUGAUAGAGUGAACAUGAACUGCAUGUAAGUAUUUUUUUAACGGGGGUGAUGUUUCGAUUAUUGAACUGUUGCCGUCAACUAUUUCUUGUUGUUUUUUUUUUAAAUAUUGUUAUCUCAUUUAGAGUCUUAUAGUUUUGCCCGCAUAGUUAAUACUGUACAGUCAAUUACUGUAUGUACUUUUAGACUAACUAUUCAAUAACACACCUGAAUUUUAUUCAAAAGUAUGAGAUCUGUUCGUUCUUGUACAAACUAAACGGUGUACAUUAAUAAAUAAACAAUUAUUUCAAUUUAAA